AUGUCUUCUGCUCAACUUAAACAAGAAGAGUUGGCCUUAUGGCCUCAAGACAGACGACCAGCAGUCUAUGGUGUCUGCGCUACGAUGCUCGUCUUGUCUAACACAGCGGUCCCAGGGCGUCUUUGGGCACAAUAUAAGAUUCACAGAAAGAUUUUCAUCGAGGAUUACUUCCUUGUCGCUGCAUUAUUAUUUACCAAUAUUGUCAACAUUACAACGAUAAUCGCAGGAACUAAAGGCUUGGGCUUACAUACCUGGCGUGUGGUGGCUGAUGAUCCUUCUUAUAAUAAUCUCGUUGGAGUGUUUGCUAGUAUCUGGGUGACCGCUCUCUUCACCGGUCCAUCCCUCUUCUCAACAAAGAUCGCCCUUUUAACUUAUUAUCGUCGCCUGUUUAUUGUGAACCAGACAUGGAUCCGGAUAUUUUGGUGGAUCAAUCUGGUAUUCGCAACAAUGUGGGGAAUUGGUAGUACCCUUUUCUAUAUCUUCCAGUGCUCGCCUGUCGAAUACUACUGGGCAAGAGGCAACCCAAAUUCCGGCGCAACAGGCCAUUGUGCCGAUAGCGGAUCGCUGGCCGCAGUCGCUACUCCUCAAAUUCUGAGCAUGGUGUCAGACUUCUUUAUUCUCCUUUUGCCCAUCUUGACUAUUCUGGGUCUUAAGAUGGACAUGAAGCGCAGGCUUGGUCUAAUGGCUGUAUUCUCCGUGGGUUUCGUAUCUUUCGGCUGUUCAGCUGCACGUAUCGGAGUAGCAUUGGGGGGAACUGAGAUGGUCGGCGACGAUACAUGGUCUCUUACAAUCUUUGAGAUCAUCAGCGCAACCGAACUCACCUCUGGCAUUCUUUGUGCCUCUGCUGUGCCCAUCUUCUCAUAUCUGCGACUUACUAUUCGUGGAGCAUCGACUCAAAAUAGUCAAUCCUCUUUCGGAUUUAAGGAAAUGCCUUCGCCAGUGCGUCGAAGGGAUCAACAUGAUCCUUUAGCUUCAACAAGUGAGGAGCAUCUUCGUGAUGAAUAUACAACAAACGACAAAUUAAAUGUUUAA